AUGGCGGGCGAUACGCUUGCUCCUCCCGUGUCCCAUGGAAACUCGCGAGGUCGGUCUUCAAGUAAAGCCGACACAAUAGUUUCGACAACUUCAAAUCCGUUUCUGACGCCAGCGGCUACUAGUCGUGCCUCCUCGAUCCAAGAUGACCCCCAAGCAUCUCUUCGUCCGGAUCCUGGCACUGAAGCCGACUUCCAGAUCAAUAACAACCCCUUCGCAUUCUCGCCAGGGCAGCUAAACAAGUUGCUUAAUCCCAAAUCCCUUGCUGCAUUCCGCGCUUUGGGUGGCCUUGAUGGCAUUGCUUAUGGCCUUCAGUCGGAUAUUCAUGCUGGCCUUAGCCUGGAUGAAAUUGCAGCGCCUGGCCAGGUCUCCUUUCAAGAUGCUGUCAGCCCCAUCUCCCCGCAGCAAUCCAAGAUUCAAUGGAGAGAAGCCACAAACAAUGCCAAACAGCCUUUCGAAGACCGUGUCCGGGUUUACAAACGCAAUGUCCUUCCCGCCAAAAAGGCUACCCCACUGUGGAAGCUGAUGUGGAACGCUUACAACGAUAAGGUCCUCAUACUUCUGACAAUUGCGGCUGUUAUUUCCCUAGCCUUGGGGCUCUACGAAACACUCGGCGUUGAUCACCCGCCUGGCUCGCCUACUCCUGUUGACUGGGUCGAGGGUGUGGCUAUCUGUGCCGCCAUUGUAAUUGUCACACUUGUUGGCUCAAUAAACGAUUGGCAAAAGGAGCGAGCUUUCGUUCGCCUCAAUGCAAAGAAAGAGGAGCGUGAGGUAAAGGUUACCCGCUCCGGAAAGCCAACCAUGAUCAACGUGCAUGACGUGCUUGUUGGCGAUGUCUUGCACCUAGAGCCGGGAGAUCUUGUGCCUGUAGAUGGUAUCUUUAUUGAUGGCCACGAACUCAAGUGCGAUGAAUCAUCUGCUACAGGCGAGUCUGAUGCUCUAAAGAAGACAGGAGCAUCUCUUGUUUUGAGGGCAUUAGAGAACGGAGAUUCUACUGGCGAGCUUGAUCCUUUCAUCAUUUCAGGGUCUAAAGUUUUAGAAGGAGUUGGAACAUUCAUGUGUACUUCUGUUGGCGUCAACAGUAGCUUUGGAAAGAUUCUGAUGUCCGUCCGCACCGAAACUGAGCCAACUCCCCUCCAGCACAAACUUGAGGGUCUUGCCAUGGCUAUUGCCAAGCUCGGUAGUACUGCUGCAGGGCUUCUUUUUUUUGUUCUGCUAUUCCGCUUCCUGGCGGGUCUUCCAAGCGAUUCGCGAGCUGCUACCGAUAAGGCAUCUUCUUUCAUGGAUAUCCUCAUUGUUGCCGUUACUAUCAUCGUAGUAGCUGUGCCCGAAGGCCUCCCACUCGCAGUAACCUUGGCACUGGCGUUUGCAACUACACGGAUGUUGAAAGAGAACAACUUGGUCAGGGUUUUGCGUGCUUGUGAAACCAUGGGUAACGCAACGGCCAUUUGUUCAGAUAAGACAGGCACUCUGAAGCUGACUCCCAAUCAGACUACAAACAAGAUGACUGUUGUUGCCGGCAGAUUCGAUGAGGCAAUGUUUACAGCAUCAAGCUCUCAAGAUGAUUCAGGCACAUCAGUUCAAUCUAUCUCAUCUUGGGCCAACGAAGUCAAUCCGGCUGCGAGAGAGCUCAUUGUUCAAUCAGUAGCGAUUAAUUCGACCGCAUUCGAGGGUGAAGAAGAUGGGAAACCGGUUUUUAUCGGCUCCAAGACUGAAACUGCUCUGCUUGAACUUGCCAAAGACCAUUUGAGCCUCCAUUCCCUUGCCGAAACCAGGGCCAAUGAAAACGUCGUUCACAUCAUGCCUUUCAAUUCCAGCAAGAAAUGCAUGGGCGCAGUAAUCAGACUUAGAUCUGGAGCUUACCGCCUCCUCAUCAAAGGCGCUUCCGAAAUCUUGCUCGGCUGCUGCUCCUCAAAGUCUAACUUUUACAACUUGGAGGAGGAACCGCUCACAGAAUCAGAUCGCCUCUCAUUUACUCAAACCAUCGAUGAAUAUGCAAAACGAUCACUCAGAACUAUUGGACUCGUUUACAGAGACUAUGAACAAUGGCCGCCUGCAGCUUCAGGUGAAAGCAGUGAAAGUAGCGCCGACAUUGCAACCAUUCUACAAUCAGGAAACCUUAUAUUCCUUGGUGUCGUUGGCAUCCAAGACCCCGUUCGUCCUGGUGUGCCAGAGGCUGUGAGAAAAGCACAACACGCCGGUGUUUGCGUCAGAAUGGUAACCGGAGACAAUGCCGUGACAGCCAAAGCUAUUGGAACUGAAUGUGGCAUCUACACGAACGGCGUUGUGAUGGAAGGUCCUGAUUUUAGACGACUAUCAGAUGCUGAGAUGGAUGAUGUCUUGCCGAGACUCCAAGUACUUGCUCGCUCUUCCCCUGAGGAUAAGAGAAUUCUUGUUUCGAAGCUUAAGGCCCUGGGAGAAACCGUUGCCGUUACUGGUGAUGGCACCAACGACGCCCCUGCCCUCAAGGCUGCCGAUGUUGGAUUCUCAAUGGGAAUUUCUGGCACUGAGGUUGCUAAGGAAGCAUCUGCAAUUAUCCUAAUGGAUGACAACUUUGCGUCCAUAAUAACUGCUUUGAAAUGGGGCAGAGCUGUCAAUGAUGCGGUUCAGAAGUUUCUGCAGUUCCAAAUCACGGUCAACAUUACCGCCGUAUUGUUGGCAUUUGUCACCGCUGUGUACGACUCAGAGAUGAAGCCUGUCCUCAAGGCUGUACAGCUGCUCUGGGUGAACCUGAUUAUGGACACCUUUGCUGCAUUGGCCCUUGCCACUGAUCCUCCAACCGAGAAGAUCCUUGAUCGCCUUCCUCAGGGAAAGAAAAAGGCAUUGAUUACCACCAACAUGUGGAAAAUGAUCAUUGGUCAGUCGAUCUACCAGCUGGUUGUUACCUUUGUACUUUACUUCAGCGGCGGCACUAUCCUCAACUAUGAUCUCACUGAUCCGGACAAGAAACUCGAACUGGAUACCGUUAUCUUCAACACUUUUGUUUGGAUGCAAAUCUUCAACGAGUUCAACAAUCGUCGUCUCGAUAACAAGUUUAACAUUUUUGAGGGAGUGCACCGAAAUUUGUUUUUCAUAGCGAUCAACUGCCUUAUGGUUGGCUUGCAAGUUGGAAUCAUCUUCGUGGGCUCAAGAGCCUUCCAGAUUUCCCCCGGGGGUCUUGAUGGUACUCAGUGGGCCAUUUCAAUUGUUGUCGCGUCGCUCUGCUUGCCUUGGGCCAUUGUCGUUCGGCUGUUUCCCGAUGCCUGGUUCGCCGCCAUUGUCGGGGUUGUCGGGAAGCCCUUCAUGCUUGUUUACGCAACCAUGAGCGCCGGUUGGUCCAGAAUUGGCAACAAGCUUAAAAGAGGAAGAUCUGAGGCGGACGCUGAGACUGGAAACCCGCCGAUGGUGGUAGUUUCAAGUGUCCUUACCACGGCCAGCCACGGGAGGGAUGAGAAGAUGGGAUAA